AAUGACAAUCAUUAUAUUAUAUGUGACCAUAUGGUGUUUCGGUAUUUUGACUCCCAACUUUAAUAUUUGAGCAUUUCUUUCUUUCAUUUAAUAAUGUUUAAAUUGAUACAAUUUCAGAGAACUUGCGGUUGUAAAAAUACAUUGUUUACACUGUCAGGUCUCAUCAAACAACGAAUCGCUAUGAUUUCAACUGGACCUUCUGGGGCUAUGGCCUCUUUCAAAGCUGGUCACAAGCUACAUGGUUAUACUUUAGAAAGAAUCGAGGAUGUACCUGAGCUUCUAGCUAAAGCUUAUUUUUUAAUCCAUGAUAAAACCAAAGCCCAACAUCUUCAUUUGUGGAGAGAGGAUAACAACAACUUACUUGGUAUUGCUUUUCGGACAACCCCUUCUGAUAAUACUGGAGUCCCUCAUGUACUUGAACAUCUUACUACCAUGGGAUCUCUCAAUUAUCCAUGUCGAGAAAUUUUUAUGAAAAUGACUUCUAGAUCGUUAUCUACCUACAUGAAUGCAUUCACCGGACCAGAUUACACUUGUUAUCCUUUCUCAACUACUAAUCCAAAGGACAUGGAAAAUCUAUCGAGAGUUUACUUGGAUUUUGUCUUUAAUCCGACACUUAAAGAAAUUGAUUUUCGUCAAGAAGCUUGGAGACUAGAGCAUGCUGAAAUAACAGACAAGGAAUCACCUUUAAAAUUCAAAGGAGUUGUCUUGAAUGAAAUGAAAGGUGUUCAUUCAAAUAACUCAACUUUGUACUAUCGGUCUAUUUUACAAGCUGUUUUCCCUGAUGUUGUUUAUCAAUAUGACUUCGGAGGUAAUCCAUUGGACAUACCUCGACUGAGUCAUGAAGAAAUGAAGAAUUUUUAUAAGAAAUAUUAUCAUCCAAGUAAUUCCAGGUUUUUCACUUAUGGGGAUUUACCUUUAGAAAAUCAUCUUAAACUCAUCGACGAAAUGAUUUUAUCUAAAUUAAAUCAUGACCCACAAAUUAGAAUGAUAUCUAAAGUGUUGGACCAAAAGGCAUGGGAAAGCCCAAAAGAAAUUGUUACUAAAUGUCGUCCUGAUCCAAUGGCACCUUUUCCUGAUAAACAAACAACUGCUAGUCUAUCUUAUCUUUUGUGUGGCAUCGAUAAUAACUACGAAUCGUUUGUGCUAUCCAUUAUCGGUAAUCUCCUAACUACCGGUCAAAAUGCACCCUUUUAUGAAUCACUUAUAAGAUCUAACCUAGGAAUGGAUUUUGCUUCUGGUACUGGUUAUUGGGAUUUUACCAAGCAAACUCUUUUUUCAGUUGGUCUUCAAGGAAUUCAUGCUAACGACUGUCAAAAGGUGAAAGAGAUAAUUCUUCAAACUUUCGAAAAAGUAGCAAAAGAAGGUUUUCCUCAGGAAAGAAUAGACGCUCUUCUUCAUUCGAUUGAACUCUCUUUGAAGCAUCAACCAGCUGAUUUUGGACUACGUUUACUCAUGGCUAUUCAAGCAACUUGGAAUCAUGAUGGAGAUCCAAUCGGAGUGUUAAGAAUUAAUGAUAAUAUUGAAAGGUUUAAAAAAGAGCUUUCAGAUAAUCCAAACUUUUUGAAAGAAAAAGUUAGAAAAUAUUUCAUUGAGAACACUCAUAAUCUCUACUUCAUCAUGACUGCAUCUGAAGAUUAUUUGACGGAAUACACUGCGAAAGAAAACGCUCUAUUGUCUGAAAAAACAGACAAACUGACACCCGAAGAGAAAGAGAAAAUUUAUCAGCAAGGAAUAGAAUUAAGAGAUUAUGUGGAUAAUAAUAUGGACGCCUCUUGUUUGCCUUGUUUGGAUGUUAAUGGCGAUAUUUCAAGGAAAAUGGUUACCACAAACUUGAAUCACAGUCAAAUUGCAUCAAUUCCUGUACAAAUAUCACCUCAACCAACUAAUACUGUUGUAUAUUUUAGGUCAUUUAUACAUUUGGCCGAAUCAGAUUUACCCAAAGAUCUUAAACCAUAUUGGCCAAUUUUUUGUGAACUGAUCACUAAGUUAGGAGCUGGAUCUAGAGAUCACAAACAGAUGGAUCAAGAGAUUAAAAUGCGAACUGGUGGAUUGGUAGCUCGAUCACAUCUAAGGGAAAAUAUUGCUAAUUUAGAUGAAUAUCAAACCGGUGUUCUUUUCUAUUCACAUUGUUUAGAAAGAAAUUUAGAAUUUAUGUUAAACUUAUGGUCAGAUAUAAUGAACCAUUUGCGAUAUGAUGAAGAUGAACAUUUAAGUCAAAUAAUUAAGAUGAUGGCCUCAGAAGGAACAGAAAAUUUAGCUCACGGUGGUCAUUCUUUUGCUAUGAUCAGAGCUGCCUCCACACUCAAGAGCUCUGGAUCUUUCCGUGAGAUUUGUUCUGGACUCUCUCACAUUGUUUUUCUCAAGAAAUUAGCUGAGAAGAACGAUAUAAAUGAUUUACGAGAAAAACUGAUUACUUUGGGUAAACUCGUUUUCCGUAAAGAAUCUAUGAAGAUUGCUAUAAACGCUGAACCAUCAACAAUUGAUAACUCACUAACGCAUUUUGAACAUUUCUUGAAUCAACUCCCUUCUGGUGGAUCACCAGGAAUCAAUAAACCCGGUGAAAGUGAAUACCCAAUCGAAAAAGAUUUUAAAAAGGAACAUUUCGUGUUUCCUUUUAAUACAAAUUUCGUUGCUAAAUCAAUUCUAACUGUUCCUUAUGAUCACCCUGAUCAUGCUAAAUUACGCAUCAUGGCUGCAUUAUUGACCUCUAAGUAUGUUCGAGAAGAAAUCAGAGAAAAAGGCGGUGCUUAUGGUGCCGGAGCAUCGAUCAAUCAAGGAGGAAUACUUUCAUAUUAUUCAUAUCGUGACCCCAAUGUUGUAAGGACAGUCAAAGUUUUUGAUGAAUCUCUUGCGUGGAUCAAUUCAAGUGAUUCGUUUAACCAACAAUCUCUAGAUGAAGCAAAAUUAUCAGUUUUCCAAUCAGUUGAUAAACCAAUUACUCCAGGAAGUCAAGGAACGAGACAAUUCCUUGAUGGUAUUUCAGAUGAAAUAUUUCACAACUAUCGUCUCCGAUUAUUGGAUGUUACCCUUGAUGACGUGAAAAAGGUUGCGCAUCAAUAUCUUGGAGCAGAAGUACCUCAUCGAUAUGCCGUUGUUGGACCCAAAAACGAUGAGCUAUCUGAAGAUAAUGGCUGGAAAGUUAUUACCGAUAGUGACAGUAUUCUUUAAUCAAUUUUUUAAUUACAGCAACUCUUAAAUUAAAGCUAAAUCCCAAUGAUUAUGAAAUAAUUUAUGUUCGCUUAUUCCCUUUCUCUGACUCACUUUUCGAAAUGGCUUGAUUCAUUCGAUUAAUAAAUGAAAAUUCUCAUUCGAAAUUUCGUCAUGUAAACUGAAUCAAACUUUUCUCAGUUAUAUAUUGAUAAAAUUUAUUAUCAAUCUGACCCUUUUAGCACUUAUAUCUCAUGCAUUCACUUUAUAAUUGUUAUUAUUAUCCACUCGGAAUUCAAUCCACAAAGCUUAUAUAAAAGUCUUUGACUGAAAAA